UGAGUGUGCUAGGGUUGAAGCCCACUACAAAGAAAAUACCAUCAGGCAUGAAGAUGGUCGUUUCCAAGUGUCCUUACCUCGCAAGGAUUCAUUUGCCACCCUUGGUCAUUCAAGGACUCAAGCUAUGAAACGUUUCCAUUCAUUGGAGAAAAGAUUUCUUAAAGAACCUGAGCUCAAACCUCAAUAUGUUGAAUUUAUGCAGGAAUAUGAAGAUUUAGGUCACAUGCACCCUGUACCGCCACCAGCCCCUGAGGAACAAGUCUAUUAUAUUCCACAUCACACUGUCUUCAAGCCCGACUCCACUACAACCAAAACAAGAGUUGUGUUUGAUGCUAGCGCCAAAACAUCAGCGCGCCCACUCAAUGCUUUGCCUUCUCAUAAGCAGAAAUUCAAACAUGUGAAUUUUCUUGCACGUUGGAAUAGACUUGCUGAAGUCACAAAGGAAUUUUGGCAACAAUGGUCUGAAGAAUAUUUAGUUACUCUUCAGAAAAAACAUAAAUGGUCUUCUUCAUCACCCAAUCUUCAAGUUGGCACUCUUGUGCUAUUGAAGGAUCCUGGGACACCACCAACACUCUGGAAGCUUGGACGUAUUACAGAGGUUUUCCUUGGCUCCGAUGACAAGGUUAGAGUCAUCCAGGUUCUAACUGAUUCUGGUGUUUUCAAACGUUCUAUUGCUAGUGUUGCACCUUUGCCAUUAGAUGAUAGCCAAUGA